AUGAAGGCGGAGGCCUCGACGGUGAUUCAGCUCCUGGUGUUCAUGAUUCACGUCGUUAGUACGAUAUUUUGCGGGCACAUGGGCAAGGUUGAAUUGGCAUCCGUCACACUUGCCAUCGCGGUGAUCAACGUGACUGGCAUUUCUAUCGGUUUCGGGCUGUCCUCGGCUUGUGACACAUUAAUAUCUCAGACUUACGGCGGGGAACAUGAAACGGUGGGCACCACCCAGCAGGGAGUCCUGAUUCUUCUCCUCUGCUGUUUCCCAUGCUGGGCGUUUUUCAUCAACACAGAACAGCUCCUGUUGCUAAUCCGGCAGGAUCCGGAAGUCUCCAGGCUCACUCUUUAUGUCAUGAUCUUUAUCCCAGCACUGCCUGCAGCCUUUAUUACCAGCUCCAAAAUGCGAAAAUCAUCUGCCAGAGGUUUUUGUGGCAUCGCUGCAAAUCUCAUCAAUGUCCUGGCGAACUAUGUUUUCCUUUACCAGUUCAACAUGGGCGUUAGGGGGUCUGCGUGGGCCAACACCAUCGCUCAGUACGCGCAAGCCAUCGCCCUCUUCCUCUACACAAGUGGAAGAAGCUGCACGUCGAAAACCUGGGGAGGCUGGUCCAUGGAUUGCCUGCAGGAAUGGGGUCUCUUCAUGUCGCUGGCAAUUCCUAGCAUGAUGAUGAUUUGCAUUGAAUGGUGGACCUUCGAAAUUGGAAGCUUUCUGAUAGGCCUUAUAAAUGUGCUGGAUCUGUCUGCACAAUCUAUCAUCUGAAAUUGCCACCGUAGUUAUAUGAUUCCCUUUGGGAUCGGGGCCUCCACCAGCGUCCGAGUCGGCAAUGCCUUAGGGGCUGGGAAGGUGGGAAGCCGGAGGUCUUCUGUGGUCGCCAUAUUUUGCACAGUUGGAUUCUUCCUCCUGAUGUGUGUUGCGUUGACAGCCUCGAAGGACGUUUUGGCAUACAUUUUCACAAGUGAAAAAGAAGUGGUUGACCUCGUGGGUUACGUGAUGCCCGUCUACAUAGCCUUCCACCUGUUUGAAGCUCUAUGUGCGACGACCAGCGGGGGCCUGCGUGGCACCGGAAGGCAGAAACUAGGCGCCAUUUUCAACACGUUGGGCUACUACACCGUCGGCUUGCUGGGGGCCGUGCUCCUUUUCGUAGCCAAAAUUGGCAUGAUAGGGUUCUGGUUGGGCAUGUUGGUUUGCACCCUGAUCCCCUGCAUUUGUUCCAUCACUUACGUCAUCCGCAUGAACUGGGACCAGGUGGCUGAAGAGGCCCAGCGCCGUGUCAAAAUCUCUCAGAAGCCAGUGGAGGAUUUGAACUCGGCUUCCAUCCCCGACAAGGCCAUUUCCUCUUCCAAUACAGAAUGCAAAGUAGGGUUUGGAGGACACACGGAUGCCCAGAACGGCGUUGUGCUUCUGAGCUUCACCGUCAUAGAUGGACCAACCUUGCAGGACAAGGCGGCAUCCAGCGUCCACAAGACGGGCCGGGUUCUGACGACCAAAGAACUGAUUGUGAGGCGGGGACUGGCGGUGGCCGGCGCCGUGGGAAUUCUAGCCGUGGGAAUUUUGAUACGGAUAUUCACAGUCUACAAUUAACGGCUGGGGAGAGACUAGAACAGCUCCCCUUGAACCCAAGGCAAAGAAACGAGAGCGGGGUGGCAGCAACCUGUUUCAUCCAGCAGAGGGCACUAGUGUGUUAUACUCAGAAAUUCCACCAGGGGGACGAAGUUCAGAAAUUACAGACGUUACCCUCAAAAGUUCCACCAGGGGGCAAAGUUCAAAAGUUACAGACGUUACACUCAGAAAUUCCACCAGGGGGCGAAGCUCAGAGGUUACACACGCUAUACUCCGAAUUUCCACCAGGGUGCGUCCAUCUCAAGACAAACAUCCUGGGACGCUGGCCAUUUCGCUUCGCCCAAGUUGGCCGAAUCUGGCGUCUCAACAUGCAAAAGACUGAUUUUGGGGAGUUCAGAAAGUUUAUUUUCCAUCAUAGAUAACCGAACGUAUUUUGUGUAACCUUUCCAGAUAAACAUCUUUUAGUAGUAAAUUUUUUUAAACAUGGUUUUAAAUGUAGGCCUUUCAAAGAAACAAGAAAAGCAGGUUAGAAAAGGUUAGCAAACAAGGAAAUAUGGACCCCAGGGAGGUCAAAAAAGUCAAAAUGACACUCCAACCAUGAUUCAUACCACGUUUCCCUGAAAAUAAGACCUCC